UCGUACAACAUACUUUGGUAUAAAAGGGACAAGAAAUUUGAAAUCGAUAUCAGUUCGGUUCCAACUCUCAACAUGAGAGCAGCAACCUUUGUGAUCUUGUGCUGUGCCCUGCAGUAUAUUGCUGCACAACGAGAUGUCUACAAUGACUUGGUGCUCAACCCCAAGAAUAUGGUAGAUUUUACCGAAACUGACUUGAGCACCACAGAUGAAUAUGAAAAAGACAGCAAUGGAACCGUCUUUGAACGAGUAACUACACGAAAGAAGUUCGAAAGAGACGAUUUUCCAGCUGGAAGCUUUGGCAACAUUCACAGCGACGAAAAAGUUGUCAGAACUUUUGUUAUUGAAUCCGAUGGCUUCGGCCACGACGUCAUUUACGAAGAGGAUGUGGUCAUUAAGAAGGUUCCUGGAACUCAUUCAUCUAGUAGUUCUUCUUCAAGCUCUGCAUCAAGUGCAAGCGGGCAAGGAUCUAAUGUUGUUGUUAACAACAUCCGUCCCGUCGGCCACUCAGGCCCAUCAUCUUCAGCAGCUAGCUCAAGUUCCGCAGCAACCAAUGCUAAUCAUGUCAAUAUUGUAAACAAAUAUGGACAAUAUGGAGGAGCUAGUUCAAACACUGCUGCUGCGGGACAAGGUGGCUAUGGACAAGGUCUCGGCCAAGGAAGUCAGGCUGGAUCAUCAGCAUCAAGCGCUUCUUCUGCUGGAUCUAAUAACGAAUACACCAUCGUGAACGAAAUCGGACAGUAUGGACCUGGAGCAUCUGGGUCAGCAUCGUCUUCAUCUUCUAGCUCAAGCUCAGCUGGAUCAGCCGGCCCCAACAUCAAGGUCAUCAACGAAUACGGACCCUACGGCGCUGGAAACUCUGCCUCUAGCGCAUCAUCAUCAGCAGCAAACGGUGCCGGAUCCAGUAACGGAAUCAACGGAUACGGACAAGGCCUUGGACCCUAUGGAAGCGGUCUUGGGGGUAAUAGUAACGGUGCAAACGGAUACGGACAAGGAGCUGGAUCUGCAUCAUCAGCUUCAUCAUCUGCUGGAGCUAACGGUGAAUACACCAUCGUGAACGAGUUCGGACAGUACGGACCUGGAGCAUCUGGAUCUAGUGCAUCAUCAUCUAGCUCAGCUUCUGCCGGAGCAGCUGGACAGGACAUCAACAUCAUCAACCAAUACGGACCUUACGGCGCUGGAAGCUCUGCCUCUAGUGCUGCAUCUGCAGGUGCCUCAGGAUCUGGAUAUGGACCUAACGGACAAUACGGAUCAGAAGGAGCAAGUUCAAGUUCAUCAGGAGCCAAUGGUGCAGGUUAUGGACUCAACGGCAACGGAUACGGACAAGGACUUGGACCCUACGGCAGCGGCCUUGGCCCCAACGGCUACGGUCUUAACGGAUACGGCCAAGGUUUGGGAGGAGCUGGCUCUGGAGCAUCAUCUUCAGCAUCAAGCGCUUCUUCUGCUGGAGCCAACGGUGAAUACACCAUCGUGAAUGAAUUCGGACAGUACGGACCAGGAGCAUCUGGAUCAGCAUCGUCUUCAUCUUCAAGCUCAAGCUCAGCUGGAUCAGCCGGACCCAACAUCAAUGUCAUCAACGAAUACGGACCCUACGGUUCUGGAAGCUCUGCCUCUAGCGCAUCAUCAUCAGCAGCAAACGGUGCCGGAUCCAGUAACGGAAUCAACGGAUACGGACAAGGUCUUGGACCCUACGGAAGCGGUCUUGGCGGUAAUGGUUACGGUGCUAACGGAUACGGACAAGGAGAUGGAUCUGCAUCAUCAGCUUCAUCAUCUGCUGGCGCUAACGGUGAAUACACCAUCCUGAACGAGUUCGGACAGUACGGACCUGGAGCAUCUGGAUCUAGUGCAUCAUCAUCUAGCUCAGCUUCUGCCGGAGCAGCUGGACAGGACAUCAACAUCAUCAACCAAUACGGACCUUACGGCGCUGGAAGCUCUGCCUCUAGUGCUGCAUCAGCAGGUGCCUCCGGAUCCGGAUACGGACCUAACGGACAAUACGGAUCUGCUGGAGCAAGUUCAAGUUCAUCAGGAGCCAAUGGUGCAGGUUAUGGCCUCAACGGCAACGGAUACGGACAAGGACUUGGACCCUACGGCAGCGGUCUUGGCCCUAACGGCUACAGUCUUAACGGAUACGGCCAAGGUUUGGGAGGAGCUGGCUCUGGAGCAUCGUCUUCAGCAUCAAGCGCUUCGUCUGCUGGAGCCAACGGUGAAUACACCAUCGUGAACGAGUUCGGACAGUACGGACCAGGAGCAUCUGGCUCAGCAUCGUCUUCAUCUUCUAGCUCAAGCUCAGCUGGAUCAGCCGGACCCAACAUCAAUGUUAUCAACGAAUACGGACCUUACGGUUCUGGUGAAUCUGCCUCUAGCGCAUCCUCAUCAAGCUCAUCAUCAACCGCUACUGGACCAAUCGUCAUUGAUGUUAUCAACGAAGGAUUCGGACCUAACGUUGCUGGAAGCUCUGCCUCUAGUGCUGCAUCAGCAGGUGCCUCAGGAUCCGGAUACGGACCUAAUGGACAAUACGGAUCUGCAGGAGCAAGUUCAAGUUCAUCAGGAGCCAAUGGUGCAGGUUAUGGCCUCAAUGGCAACGGAUACGGACAAGGACUUGGACCCUACGGCAGCGGUCUUGGCCCCAACGGCUACGGUCUUAACGGAUACGGCCAAGGUUUGGGAGGAGCUGGCUCUGGAGCAUCGUCUUCAGCAUCAAGCGCUUCUUCUGCUGGAGCCAACGGUGAAUACACCAUCGUGAAUGAAUUCGGACAGUACGGACCAGGAGCAUCUGGAUCAGCAUCGUCUUCAUCUUCUAGCUCAAGCUCAGCUGGAUCAGCCGGACCCAACAUCAAUGUCAUCAACGAAUACGGACCCUACGGUUCUGGAAGCUCUGCCUCUAGCGCAUCAUCAUCAGCAGCAAACGGUGCCGGAUCCGGUAACGGAAUCAACGGAUACGGACAAGGUCUUGGACCCUACGGAAGCGGUCUUGGCGGUAAUGGUUACGGUGCUAACGGAUACGGACAAGGAGAUGGAUCUGCAUCAUCAGCUUCAUCAUCUGCUGGCGCUAACGGUGAAUACACCAUCCUGAACGAGUUCGGACAGUACGGACCUGGAGCAUCUGGAUCUAGUGCAUCAUCAUCUAGCUCAGCUUCUGCCGGAGCAGCUGGACAGGACAUCAACAUCAUCAACCAAUACGGACCUUACGGCGCUGGAAGCUCUGCCUCUAGUGCUGCAUCAGCAGGUGCCUCAGGAUCCGGAUACGGACCUAACGGACAAUACGGAUCUGCAGGAGCAAGUUCAAGUUCAUCAGGAGCCAAUGGUGCAGGUUAUGGCCUCAACGGCAACGGAUACGGACAAGGACUUGGACCCUACGGCAGCGGUCUUGGCCCUAACGGCUACGGUCUUAACGGAUACGGCCAAGGUUUGGGAGGAGCUGGCUCUGGAGCAUCGUCUUCAGCAUCAAGCGCUUCUUCUGCUGGAGCCAACGGUGAAUACACCAUCGUGAACGAGUUCGGACAGUACGGACCUGGAGCAUCUGGCUCAGCAUCGUCUUCAUCUUCUAGCUCAAGCUCAGCUGGAUCAGCCGGACCCAACAUCAAUGUCAUCAACGAAUACGGACCCUACGGUUCUGGAAGCUCUGCCUCUAGCGCAUCAUCAUCAGCAGCAAACGGUGCCGGAUCCAGUAACGGAAUCAACGGAUACGGACAAGGUCUUGGACCCUACGGAAGCGGUCUUGGCGGUAAUGGUUACGGUGCUAACGGAUACGGACAAGGAGAUGGAUCUGCAUCAGCAGCUUUAUCAUCUGCUGGCGCUAACGGUGAAUACACCAUCCUGAACGAGUUCGGACAGUACGGACCUGGAGCAUCUGGAUCUAGUGCAUCAUCAUCUAGCUCAGCUUCUGCCGGAGCAGCUGGACAGGACAUAAACAUCAUCAACCAAUACGGACCUUACGGCGCUGGAAGCUCUGCCUCUAGUGCUGCAUCAGCAGGUGCCUCAGGAUCCGGAUACGGACCUAACGGACAAUACGGAUCUGCAGGAGCAAGUUCAAGUUCAUCAGGAGCCAAUGGUGCAGGUUAUGGCCUCAACGGCAACGGAUACGGACAAGGACUUGGACCCUACGGCAGCGGUCUUGGCCCUAACGGCUACGGUCUUAACGGAUACGGCCAAGGUUUGGGAGGAGCUGGCUCUGGAGCAUCGUCUUCAGCAUCAAGCGCUUCUUCUGCUGGAGCCAACGGUGAAUACACCAUUGUGAACGAGUUCGGACAGUACGGACCUGGAGCAUCUGGCUCAGCAUCGUCUUCAUCUUCUAGCUCAAGCUCAGCUGGAUCAGCCGGACCCAACAUCAAUGUCAUCAACGAAUACGGACCCUACGGUUCUGGAAGCUCUGCCUCUAGCGCAUCAUCAUCAGCAGCAAACGGUGCCGGAUCCGGUAACGGAAUCAACGGAUACGGACAAGGUCUUGGACCCUACGGAAGCGGUCUUGGCGGUAAUGGUUACGGUGCUAACGGAUACGGACUAGGAGAUGGAUCUGCAUCAUCAGCUUCAUCAUCUGCUGGCGCUAACGGUGAAUACACCAUCCUGAACGAGUUCGGACAGUACGGACCUGGAGCAUCUGGAUCUAGUGCAUCAUCAUCUAGCUCAGCUUCUGCCGGAGCAGCUGGACAGGACAUCAACAUCAUCAACCAAUACGGACCUUACGGCGCUGGAAGCUCUGCCUCUAGUGCUGCAUCAGCAGGUGCCUCAGGAUCCGGAUACGGACCUAACGGACAAUACGGAUCUGCAGGAGCAAGUUCAAGUUCAUCAGGAGCCAAUGGUGCAGGUUAUGGCCUCAACGGCAACGGAUACGGACAAGGACUUGGACCCUACGGCAGCGGUCUUGGCCCUAACGGCUACGGUCUUAACGGAUACGGCCAAGGUUUGGGAGGAGCUGGCUCUGGAGCAUCGUCUUCAGCAUCAAGCGCUUCGUCUGCUGGAGCCAACGGUGAAUACACCAUCGUGAACGAGUUCGGACAGUACGGACCAGGAGCAUCUGGCUCAGCAUCGUCUUCAUCUUCUAGCUCAAGCUCAGCUGGAUCAGCCGGACCCAACAUCAAUGUCAUCAACGAAUACGGACCUUACGGUUCUGGUGAAUCUGCCUCUAGCGCAUCCUCAUCAAGCUCAUCAUCAACCGCUACUGGACCAAUCGUCAUUGAUGUUAUCAACGAAGGAUUCGGACCUAACGUUGCUGGAAGCUCUGCCUCUAGUGCUGCAUCAGCAGGUGCCUCAGGAUCUGGAUACGGACCUAACGGACAAUACGGAUCUGCAGGAGCAAGUUCAUCAGGAGGCAAUGGUGCAGGUUAUGGACUUAACGGCAACGGAUACGGACAAGGACUUGGACCCUACGGCAGCGGUCUUGGCCCCAACGGCUACGGUCUUAACGGAUACGGCCAAGGUUUGGGAGGAGCUGGCUCUGGAGCAUCGUCUUCAGCAUCAAGCGCUUCUUCUGCUGGAGCCAACGGUGAAUACACCAUCGUGAAUGAGUUCGGACAGUACGGACCAGGAGCAUCUGGAUCAGCAUCGUCUUCAUCUUCUAGCUCAAGCUCAGCUGGAUCAGCCGGACCCAACAUCAAUGUCAUCAACGAAUACGGACCCUACGGUUCUGGAAGCUCUGCCUCUAGCGCAUCAUCAUCAGCAGCAAACGGUGCCGGAUCCGGUAACGGAAUCAACGGAUACGGACAAGGUCUUGGACCCUACGGAAGCGGUCUUGGCGGUAAUGGUUACGGUGCUAACGGAUACGGACAAGGAGAUGGAUCUGCAUCAUCAGCUUCAUCAUCUGCUGGCGCUAACGGUGAAUACACCAUCCUGAACGAGUUCGGACAGUACGGACCUGGAGCAUCUGGAUCUAGUGCAUUAUCAUCUAGCUCAGCUUCUGCCGGAGCAGCUGGACAGGACAUCAACAUCAUCAACCAAUACGGACCUUACGGCGCUGGAAGCUCUGCCUCUAGUGCUGCAUCAGCAGGUGCCUCAGGAUCCGGAUACGGACCUAACGGACAAUACGGAUCUGCAGGAGCAAGUUCAAGUUCAUCAGGAGCCAAUGGUGCAGGUUAUGGCCUCAACGGCAACGGAUACGGACAAGGACUUGGACCCUACGGCAGCGGUCUUGGCCCUAACGGCUACGGUCUUAACGGAUACGGCCAAGGCUUUGGAGGAGCUGGCUCUGGAGCAUCGUCUUCAGCAUCAAGCGCUUCUUCUGCUGGAGCCAACGGUGAAUACACCAUCGUGAACGAGUUCGGACAGUACGGACCUGGAGCAUCUGGCUCAGCAUCGUCUUCAUCUUCUAGCUCAAGCUCAGCUGGAUCAGCCGGACCCAACAUCAAGGUCAUCAACGAAUACGGACCCUACGGUUCUGGAAGCUCUGCCUCUAGCGUAUCAUCAUCAGCAGCAAACGGUGCCGGAUCCGGUAACGGAAUCAACGGAUACGGACAAGGUCUUGGACCCUACGGAAGCGGUCUUGGCGGUAAUGGUUACGGUGCUAACGGAUACGGACAAGGAGAUGGAUCUGCAUCAUCAGCUUCAUCAUCUGCUGGCGCUAACGGUGAAUACACUAUCCUGAACGAGUUCGGACAGUACGGACCUGGAGCAUCUGGAUCUAGUGCAUCAUCGUCUAGCUCAGCUUCUGCCGGAGCAGCUGGACAGGACAUCAACAUCAUCAACCAAUACGGACCUUACGGCGCUGGAAGCUCGGCCUCUAGUGCUGCAUCAGCAGGUGCCUCAGGAUCCGGAUACGGACCUAACGGACAAUACGGAUCUGCAGGAGCAAGUUCAAGUUCAUCAGGAGCCAAUGGUGCAGGUUAUGGCCUCAACGGCAACGGAUACGGACAAGGACUUGGACCCUACGGCAGCGGUCUUGGCCCUAACGGCUACGGUCUUAACGGAUAUGGCCAAGGUUUGGGAGGAGCUGGCUCUGGAGCAUCGUCUUCAGCAUCAAGCGCUUCGUCUGCUGGAGCCAACGGUGUAUACACCAUCGUGAACGAGUUCGGACAGUACGGACCAGGAGCAUCUGGCUCAGCAUCGUCUUCAUCUUCUAGCUCAAGCUCAGCUGGAUCAGCCGGACCCAACAUCAAUGUCAUCAACGAAUACGGACCUUACGGUUCUGGUGAAUCUGCCUCUAGCGCAUCCUCAUCAAGCUCAUCAUCAACCGCUACUGGACCAAUCGUCAUUGAUGUUAUCAACGAAGGAUUCGGACCUAACGUUGCUGGAAGCUCUGCCUCUAGUGCUGCAUCAGCAGGUGCCUCAGGAUCUGGAUACGGACCUAACGGACAAUACGGAUCUGCAGGAGCAAGUUCAAGUUCAUCAGGAGCCAAUGGUGCAGGUUAUGGACUUAACGGCAACGGAUACGGACAAGGACUUGGACCCUACGGCAGCGGUCUUGGCCCCAACGGCUUCGGUCUUAACGGAUACGGCCAAGGUUUGGGAGGAGCUGGCUCUGGAGCAUCGUCUUCAGCAUCAAGCGCUUCUUCUGCUGGAGCCAACGGUGAAAACACCAUCGUGAAUGAGUUCGGACAGUACGGACCAGGAGCAUCUGGAUCAGCAUCGUCUUCAUCUUCUAGCUCAAGCUCAGCUGGAUCAGCCGGACCCAACAUCAAUGUCAUCAACGAAUACGGACCCUACGGUUCUGGAAGCUCUGCCUCUAGCGCAUCAUCAUCAGCAGCAAACGGUGCCGGAUCCGGUAACGGAAUCAACGGAUACGGACAAGGUCUUGGACCCUACGGAAGCGGUGUUGGCGGUAAUGGUUACGGUGCUAACGGAUACGGACAAGGAGAUGGAUCUGCAUCAUCAGCUUCAUCAUCUGCUGGCGCUAACGGUGAAUACACCAUCCUGAACGAGUUCGGACAGUACGGACCUGGAGCAUCUGGAUCUAGUGCAUCAUCAUCUAGCUCAGCUUCUGCCGGAGCAGCUGGACAGGACAUCAACAUCAUCAACCAAUACGGACCUUACGGCGCUGGAAGCUCUGCCUCUAGUGCUGCAUCAGCAGGUGCCUCAGGAUCCGGAUACGGACCUAACGGACAAUACGGAUCUGCAGGAGCAAGUUCAAGUUCAUCAGGAGCCAAUGGUGCAGGUUAUGGCCUCAACGGCAACGGAUACGGACAAGGACUUGGACCCUACGGCAGCGGUCUUGGCCCUAACGGCUACGGUCUUAACGGAUACGGCCAAGGCUUGGGAGGAGCUGGCUCUGGAGCAUCGUCUUCAGCAUCAAGCGCUUCUUCUGCUGGAGCCAACGUUGAAUACACCAUCGUGAACGAGUUCGGACAGUACGGACCUGGAGCAUCUGGCUCAGCAUCGUCUUCAUCUUCUAGCUCAAGCUCAGCUGGAUCAGCCGGACCCAACAUCAAGGUCAUCAACGAAUACGGACCCUACGGUUCUGGAAGCUCUGCCUCUAGCGCAUCAUCAUCAGCAGCAAACGGUGCCGGAUCCGGUAACGGAAUCAACGGGUACGGACAAGGUCUUGGACCCUACGGAAGCGGUCUUGGCGGUAAUGGUUACGGUGCUAACGGAUACGGACAAGGAGAUGGAUCUGCAUCAUCAGCUUCAUCAUCUGCUGGCGCUAACGGUGAAUACACUAUCCUGAACGAGUUCGGACAAUACGGACCUGGAGCAUCUGGAUCUAGUGCAUCAUCGUCUAGCUCAGCUUCUGCCGGAGCAGCUGGACAGGACAUCAACAUCAUCAACCAAUACGGACCUUACGGCGCUGGAAGCUCUGCCUCUAGUGCUGCAUCAGCAGGUGCCUCAGGAUCCGGAUACGGACCUAACGGACAAUACGGAUCUGCAGGAGCAAGUUCAAGUUCAUCAGGAGCCAAUGGUGCAGGUUAUGGCCUCAACGGCAACGGAUACGGACAAGGACUUGGACCCUACGGCAGCGGUCUUGGCCCCAACAGCUACGGACUUAACGGAUACGGCCAAGGAUUGGGAGGAGCUGGCUCUGGAGCAUCGUCUUCAGCAUCAAGCGCUUCUUCUGCUGGAGCCAACGGUGAAUACACCAUCGUGAACGAGUUCGGACAGUACGGACCUGGAGCAUCUGGCUCAGCAUCGUCUUCAUCUUCUAGCUCAAGCUCAGCUGGAUCAGCCGGACCCAACAUCAAUGUCAUCAACGAAUACGGACCCUACGGUUCUGGAAGCUCCGCCUCUAGCGCAUCAUCAUCAGCAGCAAACGGUGCCGGAUCCAGUAACGGAAUCAACGGAUACGGACAAGGUCUUGGACCCUACGGAAGCGGUCUUGGCGGUAAUGGUUACGGUGCUAACGGAUACGGACAAGGAGAUGGAUCUGCAUCAUCAGCUUCAUCAUCUGCUGGCGCUAACGGUGAAUACACUAUCCUGAACGAGUUCGGACAGUACGGACCUGGACCAUCUGGAUCUAGUGCAUCAUCGUCUAGCUCAGCUUCUGCCGGAGCAGCUGGACAGGACAUCAACAUCAUCAACCAAUACGGACCUUACGGCGCUGGAAGCUCUGCCUCUAGUGCUGCAUCAGCAGGUGCCUCAGGAUCCGGAUACGGACCUAACGGACAAUACGGAUCUGCAGGAGCAAGUUCAAGUUCAUCAGGAGCCAAUGGUGCAGGUUAUGGCCUCAACGGCAACGGAUACGGACAAGGACUUGGACCCUACGGCAGCGGUCUUGGCCCUAACGGCUACGGUCUUAACGGAUACGGCCAAGGUUUGGGAGGAGCUCGCUCUGAAUCAUCGUCUUCAGCAUCAAGCGCUUCGUCUGCUGGAGCCAACGGUGAAUACAUCAUCGUGAACGAGUUCGGACAGUACGGACCAGGAGCAUCUGGCUCAGCAUCGUCUUCAUCUUCUAGCUCAAGCUCAGCUGGAUCAGCCGGACCCAACAUCAAUGUUAUCAACGAAUACGGACCUUACGGUUCUGGUGAAUCUGCCUCUAGCGCAUCCUCAUCAAGCUCAUCAUCAACCGCUACUGGACCAAUCGUCAUUGAUGUUAUCAACGAAGGAUUCGGACCUAACGUUGCUGGAAGCUCUGCCUCUAGUGCUGCAUCAGCAGGUGCCUCAGGAUCUGGAUACGGACCUAACGGACAAUUCGGAUCUGCAGGAGCAAGUUCAUCAGAAGCCAAUGGUGCAGGUUAUGGACUUAACGGCAACGGAUACGGACAAGGACUUGGACCCUACGGCAGCGGUCUUGGCCCCAACGGCUACGGUCUUAACGGAUACGGCCAAGGUUUGGGAGGAGCUGGCUCUGGAGCAUCGUCUUCAGCAUCAAGCGCUUCUUCUGCUGGAGCCAACGGUGAAUACACCAUCGUGAAUGAGUUCGGACAGUACGGACCAGGAGCAUCUGGAUCAGCAUCGUCUUCAUCUUCUAGCUCAAGCUCAGCUGGAUCAGCCGGACCCAACAUCAAUGUCAUCAACGAAUACGGACCCUACGGUUCUGGAAGCUCUGCCUCUAGCGCAUCAUCAUCAGCAGCAAACGGUGCCGGAUCCAGUAACGGAAUCAACGGAUACGGACAAGGUCUUGGACCCUACGGAAGCGGUCUUGGCGGUAAUGGUUACGGUGCUAACGGAUACGGACAAGGAGAUGGAUCUGCAUCAUCAGCUUCAUCAUCUGCUGGCGCUAACGGUGAAUACACCAUCCUGAACGAGUUCGGACAGUACGGACCUGGAGCAUCUGGAUCUAGUGCAUCAUCAUCUAGCUCAGCUUCUGCCGGAGCAGCUGGACAGGACAUCAACAUCAUCAACCAAUACGGACCUUACGGCGCUGGAAGCUCUGCCUCUAGUGCUGCAUCAGCAGGUGCCUCAGGAUCCGGAUACGGAUUUAACGGACAAUACGGAUCUGCAGGAGCAAGUUCAAGUUCAUCAGGAGCCAAUGGUGCAGGUUAUGGCCUCAACGGCAACGGAUACGGACAAGGACUUGGACCCUACGGCAGCGGUCUUGGCCCCAACAGCUACGGACUUAAUGGAUACGGCCAAGGAUUGGGAGGAGCUGGCUCUGGAGCAUCGUCUUCAGCAUCAAGCGCUUCUUCUGCUGGAGCCAACGGUGAAUACACCAUCGUGAACGAGUUCGGACAGUACGGACCUGGAGCAUCUGGCUCAGCAUCGUCUUCAUCUUCUAGCUCAAGCUCAGCUGGAUCAGCCGGACCCAACAUCAAUGUCAUCAACGAAUACGGACCCUACGGUUCUGGAAGCUCUGCCUCUAGCGCAUCAUCAUCAGCAGCAAACGGUGCCGGAUCCGGUAACGGAAUCAACGGAUACGGACAAGGUCUUGGACCCUACGGAAGCGGUGUUGGCGGUAAUGGUUACGGUGCUAACGAAUACGGACACGGAGAUGGAUCUGCAUCAUCAGCUUCAUCAUCUGCUGGCGCUAACGGUGAAUACACCAUCCUGAACGAGUUCGGACAGUACGGACCUGGAGCAUCUGGAUCUAGUGCAUCAUCAUCUAGCUCAGCUUCUGCCGGAGCAGCUGGACAGGACAUCAACAUCAUCAACCAAUACGGAUCUUACGGCGCUGGAAGCUCUGCCUCUAGUGCUGCAUCAGCAGGUGCCUCAGGAUCCGGAUACGGACCUAACGGACAAUACGGAUCUGCAGGAGCAAGUUCAAGUUCAUCAGGAGCCAAUGGUGCAGGUUAUGGCCUCAACGGCAACGGAUACGGACAAGGACUUGGACCCUACGGCAGCGGUCUUGGCCCUAACGGCUACGGUCUUAACGGAUACGGCCAAGGUUUGGGAGGAGCUGGCUCUGGAGCAUCGUCUUCAGCAUCAAGCGCUUCUUCUGCCGGAGCCAACGGUGAAUACACCAUCGUGAACGAGUUCGGACAGUACGGACCAGGAGCAUCUGGCUCAGCAUCGUCUUCAUCUUCUAGCUCAAGCUCAGCUGGAUCAGCCGGACCCAACAUCAAUGUCAUCAACGAAUACGGACCCUACGGUUCUGGAAGCUCUGCCUCUAGCGCAUCAUCAUCAGCAGCAAACGGUGCCGGAUCCAGUAACGGAAUCAACGGAUAUGGACAAGGUCUUGGACCCUACGGAAGCGGUCUUGGCGGUAAUGGUUACGGUGCUAACGGAUACGGACAAGGAGAUGGAUCUGCAUCAUCAGCUUCAUCAUCUGCUGGCGCUAACGGUGAAUACACCAUCCUGAACGAGUUCGGACAGUACGGACCUGGAGCAUCUGGAUCUAGUGCAUCAUCAUCUAGUUCAGCUUCUGCCGGAGCAGCUGGACAGGACAUCAACAUCAUCAACCAAUACGGACCUUACGGCGCUGGAAGCUCUGCCUCUAGUGCUGCAUCAGCAGGUGCCUCAGGAUCCGGAUACGGACCUAACGGACAAUACGGAUCUCCAGAAGCAAGUUCAAGUUCAUCAGGAGCCAAUGGUGCAGGUUAUGGCCUCAACGGCAACGGAUACGGACAAGGACUUGGACCCUACGGCAGCGGUCUUGGCCCUAACGGCUACGGUCUUAACGGAUACGGCCAAGGUUUGGGAGGAGCUGGCUCUGGAGCAUCGUCUUCAGCAUCAAGCGCUUCUUCUGCUGGAGCCAACGGUGAAUAUACCAUCGUGAACGAGUUCGGACAGUACGGACCUGGAGCAUCUGGCUCAGCAUCGUCUUCAUCUUCAAGCUCAAGCUCAGCUGGAUCAGCCGGACCCAACAUCAUGGUCAUCAACGAAUACGGACCGUACGGUUCUGGUGAAUCUGCCUCUAGCGCAUCCUCAUCAAGCUCAUCAUCAACCGCUACUGGACCAAUCGUCAUUGAUGUUAUCAACGAAGGAUUUGGACCUAACGUUGCUGGAAGCUCUGCCUCUAGUGCUGCAUCAGCAGGUGCCUCAGGAUCUGGAUACGGACCUAACGGACAAUACGGAUCUGCAGGAGCAAGUUCAAGUUCAUCAGGAGCCAAUGGUGCAGGUUAUGGACUUAACGGCAACGGAUACGGACAAGGACUUGGACCCUACGGCAGCGGUCUUGGCCCCAACGGCUACGGUCUUAACGGAUACGGCCAAGGAUUGGGAGGAGCUGGCUCUGGAGCCUCAUCUUCAGCAUCAAGCGCUUCUUCUGCUGGAGCUGACGGUGAAUACACCAUCGUGAACGAGUUCGGACAGUACGGACCUGGAGCAUCUGGCUCAUCAUCGUCUUCGUCUUCUAGCUCAAGCUCAGCUGGAUCAGCCGGACCCAACAUCAAGGUCAUCAACGAAUACGGACCCUACGGUUCUGGAAGCUCUGCCUCUAGCGCAUCAUCAUCAGCAGCAAACGGUGCCGGAUCCGGUAACGGAAUCAACGGAUACGGACAAAGUCUUGGACCCUACGGAAGCGGUCUUGGCGGUAAUGGUUACGGUGCUAACGGAUACGGACAAGGAGAUGGAUCUGCAUCAUCAGCUUCAUCAUCUGCUGGCGCUAACGGUGAAUACACCAUCCUGAACGAGUUCGGACAGUACGGACCUGGAGCAUCAGGAUCUAGUGCAUCAUCAUCUAGCUCAGCUUCUGCCGGAGCAGGUGGACAGAACAUCAACAUCAUCAACGAAUACGGACCUUACGGUGCCGGUGAAUCUGCCUCUAGCACAUCCUCAUCAAGCUCAUCAUCCUCAGUUAGUGAACCAAUCGUCAUUGACCUUAUCAACGAAGGUUUCGGCCAGAACGGAUACGGACAAAAUGGUGGAUCAUCAUCGGCUUCUAGCUCAGCUUCUGCUGGAGCAGCUGGACCCAACUUCAACGUCAUCAAUCAAUAUGGACCGGGAUCAUCUUCUUCAGCAGCAGCUUCGUCAUCUAGCUCAGCUGGAUCACCAGGAUACGUGCAGUACAACUACCAAGUUCCGCGAGUCCGCCAACCAUGCUCACUGACCCGUAGGAAUUUGUUCGUGAAAAUUGGCUCUAGGCGUUCACCUUGUGUCAAUUGCUAAAUAAUGUAAACUUUCUUUGUCAGUUUUUAUAUUAUGUCUGGAUACAUCUUUAUUGUUUUAUGAUUUAAAUAAAAUUUUGCAAUUUA